AAUGUUCUCUAACAAACAUCUGAGGAUUAAAUUACACACAGGAGACUAUUUUUACUUAUUACCUGACUUCUGAGGGACUGUUGUUGCUCUGGAUUUUGUUUAAAAACUAAGAAGAAAAUACAGAAAAUAUGAGAUGUAAUGUCUGAUUAAGACAAUUAUUAAAAAUGUGGUCAAUUAUUUAGAAUCACAAUCAGCUUUAUUGGCCAAGUUUGUUCUCAUAAACAAAGAAUUUGACUUUAUGGAUGUACAGACAUUUUAAAUAUAAAUAUAUACAUUUGGUGGGUGAUAAAAAGGAUUUUUUUAAAAGACAUUUGCAUGCGUACAGUAUUAUCACAAGAGUCAAAGACAUGGUAGAUUCUUUAGAAAAUGUAUGGUGUUGAUUCCUUGCGAGGUUGCUGGGCCCGCUCACUGUUAGGUAUGACCUAAAUGACCUAAAUGGAGAUGAUAAGAUCUCAAAUACUCUAAAUAUAUUUCAAAAUAAACUAGAGUCAAUACACAGAUGCCAAAUCCUGCUAAAAGGUUUCUUGCUUUCAUGCAACUGGAGUCAAAGUGCUGAUACCCAAAUAAGGAAAAGUAAAACAGAAUAAAGGUGUGAACCUCUUUCUCAAAGCCAAUGAAGGGCUUAGUCUUUCAGGACAAACUGUUGCUGAAAAACAUAUUUCUGCCUUCAUAAAAUGCAAAAUCAUGAAAAAUAACUGGAGUCUGGACUUUUUCUUUUGCCUUUUCGACAAUAGUGAGUCUCUAAACUUUGAUUUGGUGAUCCGUAUGAGAAAGCGUUCCUCACUGCAAACAGUUUCUUAAAUGCUGAUGUAAAGCAUGAAAAGGUGUGUCUGAAUGUUUCAGAGAACAUGUUGCUUCCCUCCUGGCUGUCAGGCUGUAGACGAUGUUAGCGUCCUGUUCGCUUCACGUUAACACAGGAAACGAAGAUCAGCCUUUUCAAGAGUGUUUGCUGCAGUGUAGCUGAGAGGCAACCAGAGACAUUGCAGAGGUGGAAUCAAAAACAUGAUGGGUUUUCAAAUCCUAACCAGAGUCCUGCUGUUCUCCAGUCUGUUCCAAACAGGUGUGAGGAGUGUGAAGGAUUCCGUGUUUGUUUACAGCAGACUCAAUGGUGAUGCUCAGCUGCCCUGCACCAAACUGGCCUCAGCUGAUUGCUCCGCCAUCACCUGGACCUUCUUCCGAGGUGGCCAAGUGCGUUACAGCAAGGAAGUGAUCAGAGGGCAGGUGAAUUUAAACUCAGACAAAUCCAACAGAAUAUCCAUCAUGUCCAACUGCUCCCUUGUCCUUCAUGACCUCAUCAUGGAAGAUGCUGGUUCAUACGUGUGCUUGGAGAACCAGGAGCCACUUAGUGACAUCUACCUGUCCCUCCUGAGCAUCAGCUCGGUCUCACCAAUAACCGAGCUUCGGCCUGGAGGGAACCUCAUUCUGACCUGCAUCCUCUUCACCUACUAUGACGCAGGGAGCUGCAAGUCUUACUCUAACGUGAUCAGCAUCUACUGGCUGGAUCAGGAUGGAAAGCAGCUGCCCAAAGACAAAAGAAGGUAUAUGCUGACUGAAAACACUCGGUGCAACGUCACUCUGGCCACAACGCUGCAAACAGAGGACAACAACAGGAAGUGGAGAUGUCAGGUGGACACCAAGAAAAACAAAAAGGUUGCAUUUCUAGAUUUCAAAUCCUCCUUCCUGUUCCAAAAUGACCACAAAGACCAGAUUGUGCAGCCUUCAGUCACAAAGGAGGGUCCUGUAGAACUGCCCAUCAGCCGGAUUGUACUGUGUGUGCUUCUGCCACUCAUGGUGUGCAUCGUGGGAUUCUUUACAUGGAAAUCAGACCAAAAGAAAGCAAAGACCUCAGCAGCUGUCAUCGAGCUGCAGGACUUUCACUGACUGUCCAUCACUGUAACUGAUUUUCCUGAACUGAUUCUUAUUUUUCACCACAUGUGAACCUCAGACAGCAUUUCUUUAGUUUUAAUGUAUCUCAAAGCUCAAACACCUCCGGUGUUUACUGAGCCAUUUGCAGCAAAUUAACUGUAAAAUGCAGUGUGGCUGUAUGACAGUCCCCCUGAAAUGAAGAAAUAGGAUAAUUGUCCCAUGUACACUAUGCUUCAGUUAGAUUAGCUUAGAGCAAAAUGUUUUCUUUUUAAAAUGUUCACCUUGCAAGUUUUAGAAAUUUCAUACUUUUUUCCUCUAUUCGCAUUUAAUUUAUUGAAACUCAAGCUCUACUCAUUUGUAUGAACUCAUUUUCGUUUCUAUCUGAAUUUUUUAAAAAUGGGACUAUUAUGAAAGUAUAUUGAGAUGAUGGAAACAUUUGCAGUGCCUACUUUGUUGUUCCUGCAUUAAUGCUUGAAAAGUCUUGUUUCAGUCCAUCAUGCUGAAUCUAUUUGUCAGUGUUUAUUACAAUCCAGAUCUAUGUUGCCUUGCAAAAAGAGUUAUACUCCAAUUUCUUUCCCCACAUUUUGUCAUGUUACUACCACGAUCUUUAAUGUAUGUCGUUUGGGAUUUUAUGCAACAGACCAACACAAAGUAGAAAGAAAACAUGGUUUUCAAACAUUUUUUAAAUAAAAAUCAGAAAAAGUGU